AUGAGCGCCAAAACAGAACGGAGAGGCCGAGAUCGGACUUGGGAGAUGCGGUCGGCAGGUCAGCCAGUUAACCCUGGACGAUUCUUGGUGCCAGACAAGCAGCGCAGCUUUGGAGGAAUCCUGAAGCUGAUGGCGAUCUACUCAGUGAUGCGAUACUACUCCAGAUAUCUUGGUCGAUCUUCGAAGCCAUUCUUUGAGAGGAGAUCUCCCUCGUGCGCUAAUUCUGACCUGUUUGAGUACACUUCGGGGCGUUUUUUUGUGAGUCGUGGCGAUUCGCUUGCUAAACGCGCCAUUUGCUUGAAUAAGCUGACUUUGGCAAUAAUCCAACGCGCCGGGACAAAUAGGUUCAAUGAAGACCCUCGCCGCGCCGAACGCCGUAUUCAAUUCGAUGUAGAUGCUCUUGCAAGGGCGGCUUGCUAUUCUGUCGGCCGCCGCCUCGAUGGCGUGGCUUCGAUCACGAAACUCGCCGAGAGCGGCUUCAAUCGUGUCUUGCAAAUCACAUUCAAUGAUGGAUAUGUAAUUCUUGCAAGGCUGCCUUACAAGACGACCGUCCCAAAAAAUUAUGCAGUCGCUAGUGAAGCUGCGACGCUCGUGGGGUUCCGGUCCCCUAAGUUCUUGCGUAUUCUCCAGAUCAGACAAAUGCCGUUGGAACCGAAUACCUUCUACUUGAAAGACUUGAAGGAACACCCUUGGGCGACCGGUGAUUCUCUAUAG